GUGCGACUUGCGUUUACGAAUUUUUUUUCGAUAAUAUUUUUUUUUAUUAAAAAAUCAAAAAAUAAUUUAAAAUCCAAAAAUUAAUUGAAAAAAAAAACAAUAAAAAAAACAAUUAAAAAUUAAACACGCGUGUUAGAAAAAAUCCAGCAAAUUAAAAAAAUAUUUCCUCAAAGUCUCGCAAAACUAAAACACUGUCUAAAAAGUGAAAUUCUUGAAUGCGAAGACAGUUCAUAAAAUAUUUAUAAAAAAAUAAUUUAUUACUUGUUACGACCGAAAAUUUGUACAUCUGUGUCAAAUAAAUAGUUUAUGCGUGUAACGAAACUUGUGAAAAUUUUUUUUUUCUAAAAGAUUAAAAGAAAAUUCAUCAGAGAAAUUUAAAUAAAAAAAAAUUCAGAGGGAAAUUUGGAUUCCCCCACUUUGUGUCAAAAAAAAAAAAUAUUUUUUAAAAGAAAUUUAAAAAAAGUGAAUGCAAAAAAUUUUAAAGUGACAUAAGAGGCUUAAAUAAAAAUCAAUUAAAUGGUCAUUCUUAGACAUCUUAAAUUAGAUUUAUGACUGAGAAAGAAGAACAAGAGUUAUGUGAAAAAAAUUAAAAAUUUUUAUUGAAAACGUGAUUUUACGUACGUUCGACCGUGGAUACAUUUUUCAAUUCGAAAAAAAAUAUUAAAUUUUAAUUAAUAAAAUGUCAAGAGGUUAUCAACUUGGUAUAUAGCGCUCAAGUAUAAAUUUCAUACAAAGUGAUGUUUUCAGCGGCAUGAACAAAAAGCAGCGCGAGAACAAAUGAUUCGAAACAUUAUUUAAAGUUUGAACAAGUGACAGCCCCAAAUCAAAACACACACAGCGCGACGAAAAAUGAGAUCAUCAAUUAUUGCAUGCUCUUCGGCGACGAAGAUGAUGACAGCGACCCGAGACCCGGGAACUCUAGUUUCCCGAAGUACUGGCAAAAAAUCAACAAUUUUAUGCUUGUUUUACUUUUUAACGAUCAUAAAUUUAUGUUCAAGCAGUUUUUAUGGCGAUAAAAAUAAUUUUAAUAAAAAUCACUUUACGACACAUCACCCACUAAGACAUCACCGGCAUCACGCUUUAAAUAGAACACAUUCGAAUUAUCAUCAUCUUCAGCAUCAUCGGCGACCGCACGAACUCGCCACCGAGGCAUUUACGACGCGCAGUCCCAUCGAGAGUGUUCGCAACUUCCUCAGUUCGCGCGAAUACGACACCAAUCGGAAUUAUUAUCACGUGUCGUCGACAAAGCGACCCCCAAACACGGCGAACAAAUCGCGGUACGAUCAAAAAUCGACGCGGAACCAUCGCAACAUCCAGUCGAGUCAUUAUCAAAAGGCCAAGGAGAAAACGUUUGACGACAUUGUACGGGAAAUAAGUCAGUACAAGAAACGCAAAAGAUUCCACAAAACCACGACGACUACAACGACAACCACGGAAGCUCCUUCCGAAGAUGAUUAUGUCGAAUAUGACGACGACGCAGAUUUCCAGGCAGAUGAGGAAGGCACUUAUGACAACGGAUAUCUAGCGCCCGAACGACAACCCGGCAGCAGCAGCGAGAAAUACGUCCCAGCUAAAAAGCAAGAUACACGACAGAUACAGAAUGAUCCGCCGCAGCACGAGCAUUACAAUCCAGGAGACUUGACGGAUUUGAAAUUUAGGAAUUUCGGGACGAGGCAAGAUGUGAGGAAGCAAUUUAAUAUGCACGUGGAGUCACAAAAGGCCAGUAGAAAAGAAGAAUGGCAAGAUCACUAUCGACGCAACUUGAUGGAAACUCGUUGCAAAGACCCCAAACCACAAGUAUUCCCGAGCUCAACAGACCCUACGAGACUUUACACUCCACGAUGCACGAUCCUGUAUCGAUGUAGUGACGAUACCGCAUGCUGUCCUUCCGUGGACAAAACGUGUGUCGCAAACACCAAAGAAUGGAUUGAGCUUGCAUUCAUGGUGAAUUUCCCUUUAAAUGGAACAAGUCGACAAAUUUUCGAAUCUUUUGAGAAUCACACGUCGUGCCAUUGUGUUCUCAAGUCUGUCGUAGCGUCAUCGAGAGCUGCACCGGCACCCAUUACGCGACCAAAGCAGUGCCAGUGCCCACGUAUCUUCACCGAAGUAUUAGAAGAUAACGGAGACUGCAAAUGCGAAUGUUUGUCGCACGAGUGCCAGAUGAUCCGCAAAGGGCAGGAGCAUUUUAGCAUGGAAGAAAGAAGUUGCAUUUCUCGUGGCAUUUGUAAGCGACCUCAUUGUGACUAUGGUCAUUAUAUCACACAUGAAGGCCGAUGUCCGCGAAGGGAGGAGAAAUUUGAUGCAUUAUCGGGCGCAAAACAGCAUCAUCAUUUAUAUUAGUAGCUUUUAAGAUAUUAGAAUUGAAAAUUUAUUAAUUAAAUUUAAGAAAAAAUCCACUAUUUUUUGUAAACUAUUAAUUAUUAUUAUUUUUUUUUAAAAUGUAUUUUAUACAAAAAAUGCAAGAAAAAACACAGCCAUAUUAAUUUUUUAUUAAAUAAUUUUAUAUUAUUUUGAUGUUUAUUUAUAUAAUUUAUCGCAAUAUCUACUUACUAACCUAAUUUUUCUCUUCAUUUUCAUUAGUCAAAAAAUUUUUAAUUGUAGAAAAAAUAAAAAAAAAAA